UUAGUUUUAAGCAAAAAAAAAAAAAAAGAAGCUACUCGUAUAAAGUAACGGUCAAAAAAAAAAAAGAAAAAAAAAAAGAUAGACGAGACUAGACGAGUAAGAACUGGUAGUUCGGCAGCAAACAUUCAACGUUCUCACGGAGGGUGAGAGUCCGUCGGAGAGACAAAAGAGAAAGAUGUUGGUCGGAAACGGGAUCGAAGACGAAGAGAAAUGGUUGGCAGAAGGCAUCGCCGGCAUUCAACACCAUGCCUUUUACAUGCAUCGCGCUCUGGAUGCGAACAAUCUCAGGGAAACUCUCAAAUACUCGGCUCAGAUGCUGUCCGAACUUCGUACCUCGAAGCUUUCGCCUCACAAAUACUACGAACUCUAUAUGCGAGCAUUUGACGAGUUGAGGAAGCUGGAGAUGUUUUUCAAGGAGGAAAGCAAGCAUGGGGUUUCAAUCGUCGAUCUCUAUGAACUUGUACAACACGCUGGCAACAUAUUACCCAGAUUGUAUCUCCUAUGCACAGUAGGAUCUGUGUAUAUUAAAUCUAAAGAAGCUCCUGCUAGAGAUGUGCUUAAAGAUCUUGUGGAAAUGUGUCGUGGUGUUCAGCAUCCAAUUCGGGGGCUGUUUCUAAGAAGUUACCUUGCUCAAGUCAGCAGAGAUAAGUUACCUGAUCUUGGGUCCGAAUAUGAAGGGGAUGCUGACACUGUCGUGGAUGCUGUAGAUUUUGUGCUUCAGAAUUUCACAGAGAUGAAUAAGCUUUGGGUCCGAAUGCACUAUCAGGGACCUGGUCAGAUAAGAGAGAAGCGGGAAAAGGAAAGAAGCGAGCUUCGUGAUCUUGUGGGGAAAAACCUCCAUGUGCUUGGUCAGAUCGAGGGUGUGGACCUUGAAAUGUACAAAGGCACUGUUCUUCCAAGGGUUCUAGAGCAGGUUGUCAACUGUAAGGAUGAGCUUGCGCAAUAUUACUUGAUGGAUUGCAUAAUUCAGGUCUUUCCGGAUGAGUAUCACUUGCAGACCCUGGAAACGUUAUUGGGUGCUUUCCCUCAGCUUCAGCCAACAGUUGAUAUCAAGACAGUUUUAUCUCGAUUAAUGGACAGACUAUCAAAUUAUGCUGCUUCAAGCAUAGAAGUAUUACCUGAAUUUCUUCAAGUGGAAGCUUUUGCCAAAUUAAGUAAUGCCAUUGGAAGGGUGAUAGAAACACAGGUGGACAUGCCAAUUGUUGGAGUAAUAGCACUGUAUGUCUCACUUCUUACAUUUACUCUCCGUGUUCAUCCUGAACGUCUUGACUACGUUGAUCAAGUACUGGGAGCAUGUGUCAAGAAGCUUUCUGGAAAACCAAAACUUGAAGACAACAGAGCAACAAAACAGGUCGUUGCACUUCUAACUGCUCCCUUGGAAAAGUACAAUGAUAUUGUCACCGCCCUAACACUUUCUAACUAUCCUCGUGUUAUGGAUUGCCUUGAUAAUGGGACAAAUAAAGCCAUGGCAAUGGUUAUUAUUCAAAGCAUAAUGAAUAACAACACUUGCAUCUCCACUGCUGAUAAGGUUGAGGUGCUUUUUGAACUUAUAAAGGGGCUCAUUAAGGAUUUGGAUGGAACUUCUGUUGACGAGCUUGAUGAGGAGGAUUUCAAAGAUGAACAAAACUCUGUUGCUCGCCUGAUACACAUGCUUUAUAAUGAUGAUCCAGAGGAGAUGCUAAAGAUCAUAUAUACUGUGAAGAAGCACAUAAUGAGUGGCGGGCCACAGCGCUUGCCUUUUACAGUUCCACCUCUGAUAUUUUCUGCACUUAGGUAUGUUGGUUAUGGCUUGCAGUUGGUUAGGCGACUGCAAUGUCAGGAUGGGGAUGUAGUGGGAGAAGAAGUUCCAGCAACACCAAAGCAAAUUUUUCAGCUUUUAAAUCAGACCAUAGAUGCUCUUUCCUCUGUUUCAUCACCUGAACUGGCAUUAAGGCUGUACCUGCAAUGUGCUGAGGCUGCUGGUGCUUGUGAUCUUGAGCCUAUUGCUUAUGAGUUUUUUACUCAGGCAUUUGUACUAUAUGAAGAGGAAAUUGCGGACUCCAAAGCCCAGGUGACGGCUAUACAUUUGAUAAUUGGGACUCUUCAGAGAAUGAAUGUAUUUGGUGUAGAAAAUAGGGAUACUUUAACACACAAGGCUACAGGGUAUUCAGCAAAGCUUUUGAAGAAACCUGAUCAAUGCAGAGCUGUAUAUGCAUGUUCACAUCUUUUCUGGGUUGAUGAUCAAGAUGGCAUUAAGGAUGGAGAAAGGGUCUUGCUUUGUCUAAAGCGCGCCUUGAGGAUUGCCAAUGCGGCUCAACAAAUGAUUGCUGUUACACGGGGUAGAAGUGGACCGGUCACACUCUUUGUCGAAAUACUGAACAAGUACCUCUACUUUUUUGAGAAAGGUAACCCCCAAAUUACGACCGAUGCAAUCGGGGGACUGGUAGAACUAAUCACAACUGAGAUGCAAAGUGACUCUACAACCGUGGCCUCGGAUGCCUUCUUCUCAAGCACAGUGCGCUACAUACAAUUUCAGAAAGAGAAAGGUGGAGCACUGGGUGAGAAAUAUGCUUCAAUCAAAGUUUGACAGUCUGCAAUGUAUAAUUCUUUUCACUUGUUCAAAUUCUAUGUAUUAUUACAUAUAUAUAUUAUAUUGUUUUUGUUUUGUUUUUUUUUGUUUUUUUUUUUUCGUUUUUGUUUUUUUUUCUUUUUUAUCACUGAUGAUGAUAAAUUAAAGAAAUAUAUUAUUAUUAUUUAUUAUUA